AUAUCUAUAAAAGGAGAAGCCCCCCAAACUCUCGCUUCUACAAUUAAUUCUGCAACUCCGAGAGAAAACGAGACUAUCGCUCCCUUCACUGCCCUGUGUGGUGUACACUUACCAAGACCAGAUCAACAACUUUGAGCAAGUUCCCCAUUAACCAGCCACCAUGUCUGACGCUAGCAGAGCCAAGAAGUCCGGUAUUGGAUACCAGAUCGAACAGAAGAUGGAAACCAGCUACGACCAGCUGGAGCAGGAUGGAACUCCAGAGGCCAUCAGAACGUGGAUCCAGGCUGUUCUUUCUGGAGAUGAUGAAGGAGCGUCAGUGAAAAGCAACAAACAAAGGGACCUCCACGAGUGGCUCAAAUCUGGUUCUGUUCUCUGCAAACUCAUCAACAAGCUCCUGGCUUCCAUAGGCCAGCCCCCAGUUAGCUUCAAGAAGAAGGCACCUAACACAUUCGCUGCCUUCGGCAACAUCGAGAACUUCAACAAUGGCUGCAUGGCCUAUGGCAUGAAGAAGGAGUCUCUUGUGCAGUCGGUGGAUCUGUGGGAGGGCAGGAAGGGCCCCUUUGUAAACGUCAUCAACACCCUCCACAGUCUCGGCAUGAAGGCUAAUGAAGGCGGUUUCCAAGUCACUUAUCUGGGAGUAAAAGCUCCAACACUAGAUAGCUAAACACCUUCAACCGCCUCCACUGGAUCUAACCAGACCCAUCUGGCCAUGACCGGCUAGAUCCUGCCUGCCAUGUUUUAACAGCCUCAUGUCUAUACUUUCAAGUCUUUAUUCUUUUCACUAUGUAUCUCUCCAGUUCAUGUUUUAGUUUAGCUGUUGUUGUUCCAAUAUCCAGCACUACUCAUACCCUUGCAUGAGAAAAAUUUCCAAACAGCUAGAUAAUACUCUAGCUAAUACCAGAUAAUACUCUAGCUAAUACUCACUUUCUUUCUUGGAAUUUCUAAAUAACUGUCGUUACUGCUUUGAUAUAUAUUUUGAUAAGUGUGAGUAUUAUUUCAAACUUCCCACGUUCCUGUCUCCUCCUGUCUCAUCUAUGAGCAUCUAUGAGCACCCAUAAUCCCAGUAAACCUAGUUAGUUGCUUAGCUGCUAGUAUAUAUAGCACUGCUUUAAUGCUUAACUGAAAACUAUUUGUUGGACAACUUGUUAUUUCUUGAUUUGUACAUGGUAUGACGCUGCGCUCAGGGCACUGCCUCAUGGGGAGAUAUAAAAUACUCAUGUCUCAGCACUCAUUGAGCAGCAUUUUUACAAAUAAACUUGUUAAAACUC